AUGGACAGCGUCAAUCGGCAAAUGCAACAGACAUCUAUCAGCUCCUCCAACGAUGACUGGAAGUCAAAAUUGAACGUGCCCGCAAAGGACACGAGACCACAAACAGAGGAUGUCACAGCGACAAAGGGUAUGGAAUUCGCGGAUAUGCACCUCAAGCGCGAACUGUUGAUGGGCAUUUUCGAGGCUGGCUUCGAACGGCCUUCUCCGAUUCAAGAGGAGGCCAUCCCGGUAGCUCUGACUGGUCGGGAUAUUCUAGCGCGAGCCAAGAACGGAACUGGAAAGACAGCAGCAUUCUGCAUCCCGUCACUUGAAAAGGUGGAUGUCAAGCUUAACAAGAUCCAAGCACUCUUGCUCACUCCGACACGAGAACUUGCGCUACAAACUGCCCAGGUGUGCAAGAUACUGGGCAAACACAUGGGUAUCAAUGUCAUGGUGACCACUGGUGGUACUAGUCUGACACAGGAUAUUAUGCGACUCAAUGACCCCAUCCACGUUGUUGUCGGUACACCAGGUCGUAUAUUGGAUCUCGCAAACAAGGGCAUCGCUAAGUUUGACCAAUGUCCAACUUUUGUCAUGGAUGAGGCAGAUAAACUAUUGAGUCCCGAGUUCACGCCUGUGGUUGAGCAAUUGCUUGCCCAUUGCCCGAAGGAUCGUCAAAUUUCUCUAUUCAGUGCGACAUUCCCAAUCACCGUCAAGGACUUUAUGGACCGCAAUCUCAACAAGCCCUUCGAGAUCAAUCUUAUGGAUGAAUUGACCUUACGUGGUGUCACACAGUACUACGCAUUUGUGGAGGAGAAGCAAAAGGUUCACUGCUUGAACACACUCUUCUCGAAACUGCAAAUCAACCAGAGUAUCAUCUUCUGCAAUUCAACAAACCGUGUAGAGCUGCUCGCCAAGAAGAUUACUGAGCUCGGCUACUCCUGCUUCUACUCGCAUGCCAAGAUGCUCCAGGCUCACCGCAACCGUGUUUUCCACGACUUCAGGAAUGGUGUUUCACGCAACCUCGUGUGCUCAGAUUUGCUCACUCGUGGUAUCGAUAUCCAAGCCGUCAACGUGGUCAUCAACUUUGACUUCCCCAAGAACGCUGAAACCUAUCUGCACCGAAUCGGUCGAUCGGGGCGCUUCGGUCACCUGGGUCUUGCCAUCAAUUUGGUGUCUUGGGAAGACCGCUUCAAUUUGUACAAGAUUGAGCAAGAACUUGGUACUGAAAUACAGCCAAUUCCCAACACUAUUGACAAACAGCUCUAUGUUGCACCUUCUGCCAUCAACUCGGGAGAAGGUGCUCAAAAGCCAACCAAGCAGCAGCCUUUGCAGCAUGGUGUGCCACAGACCGCUGAGCAAGCACAGCAGCAACAAGAGAGACGGCAGCAGCAGCAGCAGCAGCAGCAACAGCAGCAGCGUGGUGGUCAACAAGGCCAACAACAGCAGUUCGGACAAGGCCAGCAAGGGCAGGUCCAUGGCCAACGCGGCGGCCAACGUAAUGGCUAUGCCCAGCAAGGCGGACAGCGCGGCGGACGAGGCGGAGGCCAAGGUCAAGGUCAAGCUCGACCCCAGUAA